AUGCCGGUCGAGGCGCUGCAAGCUGGCGAUGCCAUGAAGGGGGUGGCGGUGACGGUGCCCUUCACCUCGGCCAUGCCCGUCCGCAUCCUCCGCAAGGGCCCCGCGUACUUCCGCCGCUGCGCCCAGCCGGGUGCCGGCAAGCCCAGCGCGGUGGAGAGGCUGGAGGCUGACAAGGCCAAGUACGUGAAGAGCCAGCGGGUCGCCAGCACCAAGCAGGAGCCGGUGAAGCCACCACUGCUCAAGCAGCCCCUCUUCGCCCCGGGGGUACGCCGGGCAGCGCUCACCCCCAGCCGCAGGGCACCCUCGGGGCCGCGCCGCGCCGAGGCCGGUGGCCCGAAGACCUCCCUUGACCUGGAGAUCCUCAACAACCUCAUCAACCUGUGUGACAGCCCCUUCCCCAAAGCAGAGAGCCCGCUGGGCCGGGAGCACAAGUGGAGGGCGGAGGUGCCCGCGACACCGGGCGACAGGGCAGAGGGUGCCGGCAAGCUGCCGGAGAGCCCUGCUGCCACCAAACCCCCCGGCAGCGUGGCCGUGCGCAGGGUGGACGUUCAUCCCUGCGGGAUUCCGCAGGGACCGGUGACGCCGGUGCCCACAUCCCCCGUGUCGGGCAGGUUGGCAGCGACCCCGACACGGAGCUCGCCCGCCUGCCCCGACAGUGCCCGCCGGCAGCCGCUGCUGCACCGCUCCAAGUCGGACCUGAGCGACCGCCUUUCGCGGGCCACCGCCGACCUCGAACGCUUCUUCAACUACUGCGGCCUCGACCCCGAGGAGCUGCAGGACGUGGGCGCCGAGCGCUUCGCCCGUGCUAGCUCCGACAUCGUGUCCCUCAAGUUCCACAGCGUCAGCACCGCUAGCUCGGAGUGCGGCCGCUCGCCGCGCAGCGCCGCCACGCCGGAGGGGCGCCCGGCCGAGCGGGUCCCCUACGGCAUCUCCGUCAUCGAGCGCAACGCCCGCGUCAUCAAGUGGCUGUACGGGCUGCGCCAGGCCAGGCAGUGCCAGCAGGUCUCUGACGUGUAG